UCCAGAAGCAAAGCGAGCCUCAAGUGAAACGCGAUGGUUGAGUCCGUUUUUCUGUGUCAUUCCCUGACGACAAUUGAUUUUAUUGUUUUAGUAUAUGCAACGGCAAUAAUAAAGGAUGGUGAUGUCUUCUAUCAUCCGUUCUUCGAGUUCGCCUCAGUCAAUCUUAUCGGAGAAUAUGUGUGCAAAGGUGAAUGAUAAGUUGACUAUAAAAUGCGAUGGAAGAACAAGCAAAUUCUUCAGUUGCCAUCAUUUCUCCCAAAGCUGAAGACCAACCACCACACAUCAACAUUUGUUAUUUCAAUAUCAUUUAAAUUUUGGACAGCACAAAUAACUCAGCAAAGUGAUCCUUUCAAGGGUCCAGUUCAUGUGAUAGCAAAAGAUUGCACUUACAUAAAGAUGCGUGCUACGCUGUCAACCUUCGUGUUAAUUUGCCUUGUGGCAGCCAUUCAUUUCCAGCCAACCCAAAGCCACUUACCACCCAUCUUUAAAGAUAAAUUACUUGGAAAAGGACACAACGGAAAAGAUGCUGGUGGAACGGCCCUAGCGGCCGUGAUUUCAUCACGAAAAUUCGGCCUGGGAAUCAAAGCUGUCCUCCUCAAACCACUACUUUUAGUGGCCUUAGCAAAAAUAAAAUUUGCUCUUCUGCUCGGCAAGCCUUUAGCUCUGUUGGCUAUCAAGAAGCUUUUGCUUAAAGCAGUCUUGGGCAAGUUGUUGCUCAAAAUCCCUUUAAUUUUGCUAAAAGGCAAAGCAUUGCUGGUCAAAAUGCUGGCUCUCAAGUUUGCGCUCAUCACGAAAGGUCUUCUCGGUCUGAAAGCCCCUCUUGCCAUGCUCUUCCUUGGCGCCUGUGCAUUAGGAUCCGGUUUGGGCUUGGCACUAGCACUCGGCGCUACUCUUCAUAAGUUAAAGGACGGUUCUUACGAGGAAGAUUACAGCUAUGAGGAACCCUAUUAUCCACCUCCAAGGCCCUCCUACGGUGCUCCUCCUGCAUAUUCUUCUCCAUCAUAUCCUUCUCCAUCAUAUCCUUCUCCACCUGCUUAUCCUUCUGUUCCUGCCUAUCCUUCUCCUCCAGCUUAUCCAUCUCCGCCUGCCUAUCCUUCUCCCCCUGCGUACCGUGAAGCUUCCGAGUACUCUCCAGAUCCUACAUACUCAUCGCCGGCUGCUCAGUAUUUGUCGAGCAAUGGUGGUUCAGGCACUACUGGAAGCGAAAUAUUUUCGCAAUCAGUAGGCAUAGGAACAAACUCCGCGUAUUCCAGUUAUGCAAAUCGAAAAGUUUUAAACCGGAAGAAGCGCGAUUAUUCCCGAUUGAGUUACCUUAGCAUACCGGAGGACAGAUAUACUGAAGAAAGUGAAGAAGAAGAUGAAGAGGAGAGUAUUGAUGAGUCCCCUGAGGAUCUUCAACUUGAAUUCGAAGCAGCUCGAACAAAUGGUAACGCUUAUCUUUACAUGGCUGCCCAGUUUGAUGACCAGUCGUGUGGUCGUCGGCUAAUCUGCGAAAUCUACCAAAAGCCACAUGAGAGCCUCACUGAAGACGAAAUUCUUUUGCAAGAAAUUUUCGGGUAUCCACUGUCUCAGUUGAGUGAGGAAGAUGAAGGCACUCCAAAAGAAAUGUAUUACAGAGCCGCACAACUAGGUACUUCUUACCAGGGUCGGGCAGGUGAUAAAGUCUGUGCUCGUUUCUAUCCGGCUUGUCCACACAAUGCCGAACAGCUGAUACACAUCUUCGUCACGGAGGAUACUCACUCUAAUAACAUUGAUUCUGACAACGAGCCUUCUGCCCAUCUUCAACCACCUCAGACUAGCGUUCGCCAACCAUUUUAUCAAGCUUAUCUUUCAGGAACUACACAGUUCCAGCCAUCUAAGCCCAUUUUUAGGCCAGAUCAUCAAGAACGAACUACACUUAAAACAAACAUCUAUCAAGUUAGACAACCAAUAUCAAGGGCUACUAAUACUACGACAAAGAUUUUCCACCCAACAACAAGUUGUCUGAAUUGUUGAUGUUGAUUCUAUAAUUAAUGAACUGUGGAUCAGUAAUUUUUUUUGUAGUUGCAUUUUGAUUUUAUCUUUUAUGCUCAGCCCGCGGAUGCAACGUUGAUAUUGUCGUACAGGCUCUUCUUUCUAACAGUUUCUUCAGCUUUUACUUUGCAAUGGCUAAUGUAGGCUAAAUGUUUCGUGUUUGUUUGUAUAACUGAACUCGAAUAAAUCAGACGGUUUCUGUUA